CCAGGUGCACAGCAUCGCUGGAGGGUGUCACCGCCCCGCCCCUCCCACCCCAGCUGUCCUGGACCCAGGGGCAGGGAGAGGCUGGACGCCAGGUGCGCCGGACACAGACGCCUGAGCACAACUUCCUCCUCGCUGCUCCGGGAAGUGGACAGCCAGCCCAGGAACCAGGACCACCUGCACCAUGGGGCUGUCCCGGAAGGAGCAGGUCUUCUUGGCCAUACUGGGGGCUUCGGGGGUCUCGGGCCUCACUGCACUCAUUCUCCUCCUGGUGGAGGCCACCAGCGUGCUGCUGCCCACGGACAUCAAGUUUGGCAUCGUGUUUGAUGCGGGCUCCUCCCACACGUCCCUCUUCCUGUAUCAGUGGCCGGCGGACAAGGAGAAUGGCACUGGUGUGGUCAGCCAGGCCCUGGCCUGCCAGGUGGAAGGGCCUGGAAUCUCCUCCUACACUUCUGACCCUGCACAGGCUGGUGAGAGCCUGCGGGGCUGCCUGGAGGAGGCGCUGGUGCUGAUCCCAGAGGCCCAGCAUCGGAAAACACCCAUGUUCCUGGGGGCCACGGCUGGCAUGAGGUUGCUCAGGCAGAAGAACAGCUCUCAGGCCCGGGACAUCUUUGCAGCAGUCACCCAGGUCCUGGGCCGGUCUCCCGUGGACUUUUGGGGUGCCGAGCUCCUGGCGGGGCAGGAUGAAGGUGCCUUUGGUUGGAUCACUGUCAACUACGGCUUGGGGACGCUGGUCAAGUACUCCUUCACUGGAGAAUGGAUCCAGCCUCCGGAGGAGAUGCUGGUGGGCGCCCUGGACAUGGGGGGGGCCUCCACCCAGAUCACCUUCGUGCCUGGAGGCCCUAUCUUGGACAAGAGCACCCAGGCCGAUUUUCGCCUCUACGGCUCCAACUACAGCGUCUACACUCACAGCUACCUCUGCUUCGGGCGGGACCAGAUGCUGAGCAGGCUCCUUGUGGGUCUGGUGCAGAGCCGCCCGGCUGCCCUGCUCCGUCACCCAUGCUACCUCAGCGGCUACCAGACCACACUGGCCCUGGCCCCACUGUACGAGUCACCCUGUGUCCACACCACACCCCCACCGAGCCUCCCCCAGAACCUCACAGUUGAAGGGACAGGCAACCCUGGGGCCUGCGUUUCAGCCAUCCGGGAACUUUUCAACUUCUCCAGCUGCCAGGGCCGGGAGGAUUGUGCCUUCGACGGCAUCUACCAGCCCCCGCUGCAGGGCAAGUUCUACGUGGAGGCCAGCUACCCUGGGCAGGACCGCUGGCUGCGAGACUACUGUGCCUCAGGCCUGUACAUCCUCACCCUCCUGCAUGAGGGCUACAGGUUCAGCGAGGAGACCUGGCCCAGCCUCGAGUUCCGAAAGCAGGCGGGCGGUGUGGACAUUGGCUGGACACUGGGCUACAUGCUGAACCUGACCGGGAUGAUCCCAGUCGACGCACCGGCUCAGUUGCGGGCAGUGAGCUACGGCGUCUGGGUGGCCAAAGUGGUGUUCAUGGUGCUGACCCUGGUGGCGGUGGUGGGGGCUGCCUUGGUCCAGCUCUUCUGGUUGCAGGACUAGUGGGAGGCGGAGGUGGGCCCCCACAGAGCCCACAGGCAGCUGCGUCCCAGAUGCUGGAGCUUUCCUGAGCCCUGAGCACUGUGGGGCCUUGCUCUGUGGCUCUGCCCAAGGUCAGGUGACAGCCACCUCCAGGGCACCCUCGGGGUGGUGCUGUCCACAGAGGCUGCGUGGCCUCCCCUCCCGGUGUCCCUGGACCCCGCCCCCUCCCACACUGGGCUUCCAGGGCCCUUGGUGCCUUUCUGCACACAGGCCGCCAGGACUCAUGGUGUCUCCAAGCUGUGUGGCUGCAGGGCCACGUACUGCCUGCAAAGGGGGCAAGACCACAGAGGCACAGGGUCCUGCUCCUGACAGGGCCUCAGGAAGGGUAGAGAGGGGCAGAGGGGAGGGAGCUGCCCCACCUGGACCCCCGCUCUGCCUGAUGCUGCAGGAGUCCAGACCCAGGGGCUUCUCCUGGGCCAGCCCAGCCUCCCACACCCGCUUGGAGGGUUACACUGCAGUGAGCGUGGUUUUUAUUAAAAUAUCAUGUACACAGCA